AUGGCGUUCCAUUUGUUCCGCUCAGAAAUCACUAUGAAGGCGAUUACGAAGUCGAUUCACAAGCUGAAUAAGGUUGCUGAGGCGGGGGAUAUUGAAGAAUUAUAUCAUUCGAUUCGGGAGGAACCAUAUAUCCUAGAGAAUAUCGAUAAAAUCCCUUUCAUUGACACACCUUUGCAUAUAGCUGCUAAGGCAGGACAUAUUCCUUUCACAGUUGAACUGAUGAGGCUUAAACCAUCUUUUGCUCGAAAGCUGAAUCCAGAUGGCUCUAGCCCCAUCCACCUCGCGGUGCAAGAAGAUCAUGAACGUCUUGUGAUUCGUAUGAUAAACGUUGACAGAGAACUAGUCCGCGUGCAAGGGAAAAACUGCAACACUCCCUUGCAUUGUGCGGCUGACAAAGGAAAUGUUGAACUUAUCGUUGAGUUUUUGUUGGCUUGUCCAGAAUCGAUUCUUGACGUCAAUGCCAGGAAACAGAGUGCCCUGCAUCUUGCUGUUCAGCAAAAUGAUAUUCACACUGUUAAGGUUAUGCUGGAAUGGUUGAAAUUGCUUGAUGCUCAAUUUAUUUUGGGGUGGACUGAUGAUCAAAGCGAUUCUAUUUUGCAUAUAGCAGCUCGCAAAAACAAUGUUGAAAUGGUAAAGAUGUUAAUUCCAAAGAUUGACAUGCACGCGAGGAACUCUGAUAACGAGAGUGCUCGGGACAUUUUUGAAGCUCAAAACCCAGACCUAUUACCGAAUGAUAAGAAGGUGACAAUAAUGCAGUGGUUGGUUAGGCAAAAAUCACAUUACAAUGCAACGCUUUAUUGUGAUACCAACGAUAACACGUCGCUGAAAGAGUCCUUGAGAAAAGGAUUUCCAUGGCACAAAAGGUGGAUACUAUCAAACCAUCGGCACAUAUCAUUAGUAGAUAAAAAUGGUGUCCUAGUGGUUGCAGUGCUUAUAGCAACCACAGCAUAUCAAGCUGUGAUUCAACUUCCACCAAUUUUCGACCCAGCCUCAAUAGCUUAUACAACACACUAUUAUUUUUUCAUCUUCCAAUUAUUCAAUACUACAGCUUUUGUUGCAGCCAUGUCCUUGAUUUUUAUACUACUGCCUCCUGGCAUUACGUAUGUGCUGCAACUCAUUAUUCCUAUCAUCGUGUGCUACUUUGUUGGGCUCUAUCUCUCGAACCUUGAGACCGGGCUCUUUAUGAUUUCACUCUUCUUGUUUCUUUGGCAAUUUGUGAGGUUUGGGAGAAGGGAUAGAAAUGGCAGGAGAGAGAGACACUUUCUACUGAGGCACGGUGCAAGUUUUAGCAGGGAAUUGGAGAAGAAAGGGUAUAAGUAUGAAACGGCUAUUUGA